AUGUCUACCCCAACCAUCACAAAACGCGAAGAAGUCGUUUUCGAAGGAAUCAGAUCAUAUUUCUUUCCAAGUCUACUUCUUCAUAUAACAGCAAAUGAAGACAAUAUUCUCGACAACGGAACGGUAGUUUUUUAAAAUGCCCUCUCUCAUUUUCUUAUCAUUUUUUUACAGCUCAACCCGUUUGCCGCAUAUAUUCUUGGUUUGAAAAAUGUGAAGCCAUCCACCAAUGAAAUCAUUGAAAUGAUUGUGAGCCAAGAAGAUUUGGACAGAUUGCACACAGCUCUUGAUGCAUUGUUCCUUUUAGGAAAAACUUAUGUGAGGAAAAAACACAAAAGUAAAAUAUAAGUACUGAACUAAUUUUUCAGGAACCUCAGAUAAAAUCUAUUGGAAACGACCUAGUAAAAAGAGGAGGUGCUCAUGAUGUCUACGAACUUUAUUCUUCUGCGGAAAACUGGGAAAAGUUUGAGAAAAAUCUAUCCGGAUUUGUACGUAAAAUGGUUAUUCGAAAGUGCGAUGCCAAAUAUUUAUCGUAUAUUCUCAAAAUUGGAUCUGCAAAAAAUGAAGUUGACAAAUUCAAUGCUAUCAGUGAGCUUUGUAUCGAAAAUUUGGAAUGGGAUGCAUUUGUUUUGAUAAAAUUGCUUGGUUUGGAAACAGAAGAACGAAAAGAAGAAAUCGAAUUAAUUCGUGACAAUGUUUUGGAAUCAUUGAGAACCUGUCGACCACAAUUGGCUGAUUUGAUGUAAGUUGAGACUAGUUUUCAUAUUCAUUUAUUAAUUAUUAUUUAUACAUUUCAGCCAAUCUGGUCCAAAGAAUGAUGUUAUUUAUCUCUUGAACCAUAAAUUUCCGAAUUCGUUGAACGACAUAAAUAAGAUUAUUUUCGAAAAAAUCAACCCAUUAUUGAAUCAAAAUGAUGAAAUAUCCGUUGAAGAUCGAUGUAAAUAUUUAAGCGAACUGUUUUAUGUUAUUUUCAAAAUUUCAUUAACGCAACAAUUUGACUUUGCCACAAAUUACAUUGAACAACUACCGGAACAUUUGAGAUCUGAAAUGUUUAACGAUUUGGAUCUUGUUGUUUUCGAGGUGUGAUAAUUUUCAAAAUGUAUUUUGUUUGUAUAUAACUAAUUCUAAUUCAGACCACUUUUCAUCUUCUGAAUUCGUUCAUCUGGUUAUUUUCAUCGGAUAAUAAUGCUCAUAGUAAGAUUUUAUUGUACAAUUAUCAUCUUUAAAUAUCAUUAUGUUUUCAGAAACAGAAUAUUCUUCUGCAGUUGCCAGCGGUUUGUAUAAACAUUUGAGUUCAUAUUGGAAGCGUCAAGCUAUGCUACGUAUCCUUUCAAAUUUUUAUGCUUCAAUCACACAAUCAAAUCUCGGUGUGCUGAUUCCACUGGUAAGUUUUUGAUUAAUUAUUUAUUUAAAAAUAAACUGAUUUAGGUAAAUGACACAAACUUAUGUUCAAAUAUUGAAGAUGUUCUCAAAUUUUUGAUUUGGUUCAUUGGAAGUUUCGAAAAUGAAGAUAAAGAAUAUCACAAUCUGAAUAUUCUACCGGUGGAAACAAAAUCAAAGCUGAUUACAUAUUUCAAAAAUAUGAAAAAGAAAGCAGAACCUUCAGUGGAACAUAUUUAUCGUGUUUGUAAUGCAUUGGAAAAAUCGAACGCUGGUAAUUAAAAAUUUUGAAGGGUUUCGAAAACAUACAUAAAAUGGGUCCCCAGAAUCGGGGUGAGGGGCUUAACUUUUUUCAAAAAUCUGAAAGGAAGGGUGCCUAACUUGGCCAAUUUUCUGCUGAUAAUUUACCAAAAUUCCCAGAUUUGUCCAAAAUUCGCUCAAAAAUGUGAGGAAGGUGUUUAACUUUGGAAAAUUUUCAAGGAGGGACCCUAACUUUGACAACUGACUCGGGGGACCUAUUUUAUGUAUGUUCGAAAAGUUAUUUUAUUUUUUAGAUAUUACCAUUUUAACAAAAGCACAAACUCCGGAAACACCAAUGAAUGAUGGAUCUUUGGCUUCCGAAGAUGAGAAUGCAGAUACGGUUAGUUUUUCUUGAAAAUAGGGGAUGGAAAAUACCAAGUAAAUUUUGCAAUAAAACACGUCUACAAUUAAUUGUUUUAUAGAACGGUUCUGAUUGUGAGUCACCAGUCAACCCGAAUGAGCAAACUAUGAUUGCUGUUCCACAAAAAUAUGCAUCAAGUACUUACGAAGAAGAACUCAAAGGAGAUUUAUCCCCGGGACAAAGACGAACUUCUGUUGAAAGUGUAAUGUCGAGAAUGUCAUUGGACGGAUGGGAAGAUUUUCCUUCUCCAUCAAGAGUAUGUUUAAAUUACAUAUUUAUAUUUUACUUCUUAUUAUUGAAUUUCAGCCUCACAGUGUUUUUUCAGUAGUGGUACUAUAGUACCUCUACCGUGAUUUAGUACCCCAAUAGGGGUGAUUUUUACCACUAUUGCACCCCUAUUGCACUACUGAUGGGCAGUGGUUCAAAAGUGGUGCAAUAGUGGUUUUCAAUUUACAAAAACUGAAUGGUACAUAACAAUCAAAUGGUUCUGAAGUUGUUGUCUGAAAAAUUUCAUCAUAAAAAAUUCCAGUUUGACAAAGUUAUCAACUUUUAUUUUUCAAGGGUAGGGGUCAGGUAGUAGUUGAGUAGUGGUCGCAUAGUGGUCGCAUAGUGGUUGAGAAGGGGUCCUGACUCUACGAAAAAAUUGCAUCUCCAAAACUGUGAAAAGGGAUAUUUUUAACGAAAACAAAUAUACAGCAUAGUUCGGAGAGAAUUUAUUGGCUAUUUAACAAACAGUACCGGUCAAGAAUCUGUUGAUUUUCAGAAAAUUUCAGAAAUCUUGACAAAAUACUCCAUUAUUCAUGAUUUUCAACAAAAAACACUUGCAACUUCAUGAGUCGAUCUCGCUCUGAUUAUACGUUACUUAUUAAACUGGCUUUACUCUGAAAAUACUGCUGAAUCGAGCUUGAAAACGAGAAAAAAUGCAUUGGUUACUGUAGGCCGUUCGAAAUGUGUGCAAACACACACACGCACACACAAACACAUUUUAUUUGACGCGCACGUAUUUUUGAUUUUUUGUUUUUCCUACUUUUUCGCUUUUCUCUUGUUUCUUUCAUGUUUUACAUGAUUUUACAUGCUUUUUCAGGUUCAUCAUGCGAAACAAGUCACCUGGCAAUCGUGCACCACGAAAUACACGGAGUUUUUUGAUGAAAAAGUGAGGAAAAUUAUGAAAAUAGGAAAAACAAGGAAAUUCGAUUUUCAGGGUCAAAUGGUUUUUGAUUGA